CAUUCUGUUUCACCGGUUUUUAUCCUAUCAUCAACAGCAGCAGCAUCACCUUAUUCCCAAUUAGACAUGUCACUGAAAUGAAAUUAAGUGUCCAAUUAGUUUAUAAGAAAAUGGACUUAAUCACAACGCCUUAUGGGUUGCUGAAUGUAUCCAUUGGGAUUUUGGGGUGAGGGGGUGGUCAUCUCUAUUCUUUGUGUGUGAGUGUGUGCACUUUUUUCUGCAGCAUUUAUGUAAACUUUCAUGGUUGUAAGAUAACCUUACCUCAGAGGAUCUGACCCUGAGUGGAUAUUAUGGAGCCCAAUAGAACGUGCAAGGACCGAUAACAGAAUAGCCCCUGAAGUUUACUUUUAGAUUUUGUGAUUGAAGCAUAUGUUAGCAUUUAGCAGUAGGGCUGAACAAACGGAACUGGCUGAAACAGAAGUGGUGAAAACCAAACUGCUCAAAAGCAAUUUUAGCUUGUGCGGAUGAGUGCUGAUUUACCCGUAGAAGGGACUAGUGGUACACAAGUCACUUUAUGUUGCACUCGCUCAACGGAAAGUCGAGAGAAAAGCAAGAAUGCUGGCCCAGUUUUCACAGUUGCAGUUGCUCCAGCACUUGCUCCUUGUGUGGCAAUGUAUCCUCCGGGUGCCCCAGGUAUUGGCCAGCAAAUGUUUUAUGGCCAAGCUCAACCUGUUAUGAUUCCUCGCUAGGUAUUACUGUUUUUAUAUCAAUUAAUUGAUCAAGAUUUUGCCUGUUAUCGUAGUCAAUCUCUCAAAUGAUAAAAAUAUUUUCAGAGUAGAGUUUGAACUAUCAAACCUGUUAGAGUAAUUUUACUCUAUGCUUAGCGUUCAUAAAUCUUUAUUACCAUU